AUGAAAUGUUCUGUGAGCCUUGCAGACAUUUCCCUUCCAUCAGUGAUAAGUAUGUAUGAACUUAUUAUUAUAUAAUUAUGCAAUUUUGUAUAUGUACUUGACUUAGAAAAAAUCCUAUAUUCUGGCCCCAAAUUCCACUAUGUACAGGGGGAGUUCUGGCCAAUUUUUGUCCAUGUCUCGACUUAGAAAAAAUGUUGCCCCAAACCCCAAAAAAUCACAUUGCUUAUUUAAAUGUUUCCCUAAUUUCAGGACAUGCAGUCUGUACAAGGGCAACAGUACAUUCCGCAAAACAUUACUGGAUUGUCAUGAUCCAAGCAAGAAGCAUGAGCUGUGUGCUGCAGCUUCCCAAGCAAAGAUUGAUGGUGAGAAUUCUGUGGUGGCCCCUAUACUGCGUGGCCUCUCUAAGAUGCAGGAUGAACUUCGUGCUGGCAUGAGCAACCUUUUCCAUGUGGCCUACUUUGUGGUCAAGAGUGAGAGGCCCUUUACAGAUUUUCCUGUCUUGGUGGACCUGAACAGGAGGACCGGUGCCAAGAUGCCCCUGUGUUACCACCACGACAAAGCCUGCGCACGAUUUUUUGUGGACAUCUACCAGUUCAUUUAUGACCCUAUUCUGGCUGAGGUGAAGAGUGCCCGAUUCUUCUCAGUCAUGAUAGAUGGGGCAACGGACAAGGCGAUCCUGGAACAAGAAAUCGUGUACGUACGGUACCUAGACUCCACCAAGAGGCCAAAAAAUGUGUUUUUUUAGCAUUGAACACGUCAA